GGACCUGGAGAGGAAGUUCUGAAAGGGAGUGGGGUUUGAGGAGACUGGACCCAGGGUCAAGAUAGAACAUGAGGGUGGGAUGAGGACAUGAACAGAACAUGGGCAAGUAGGGCCUGGGGGAGCAGCCAGGACGAGGAUGGGGGCGAGAAACCACCUCCAUGGGCGGGGUCGUGGUUUGGGGCAGGGACAGGUGUAGGGCGAGGGGUGAGUCCAGAGCGUGGACGUGCGUGGGUCCAUAGACGUGAACGAUGGCCGCACGUGGGCUGGGACGGAGCAGAAAAAUCGGCCAGGGGCGUGGCCCGGGUAGGAAGGGGGUGCGGCGUGGGGAGGCGUGGCCUGAUGUGUGAUUGGCAGGCGGAGCUGAUCCGAGAGGACAUCCAGGGGGCUCUGCACAAUUACCGCUCCGGCCGCGGGGAGCGCAGGGCGGCGGCGCUCAGGGCCACGCAGGAGGAGUUGCAGCGCGACCGCUCGCCCGCCGCCGAGACCCCGCCCCUGCAGCGCCGCCCGUCCGUCCGCGCAGUGAUCAGCAACGUGGAGCGGAGCGCGGGACGCGGGCGACCCCAGGCGAAGCCCAUUCCCGAGGCAGAGGAGGCGCAGAGGCCUGGGCCGGCGGGUACCUCGAGCAGCGCUGACCCGGCCUCCCCGGACCUGGGUCCCCGGGGUCCUGACCUGGCUGUUCUGCAGGCGGAGCGGGAAGUGGACAUCCUGAACCACGUGUUCGACGACGUAGAGAGCUUCGUAUCUAGGCUGCAGAAGUCGGCGGAGGCGGCCAGGGUGCUGGAGCACCGGGAACGCGGUCGCAGGACCCGGCGCCGAGCGGCUGGGGAGGGCCUGCUGACGCUGCGGGCCAAGCCGCCCUCGGAGGCCGAGUACACCGACGUGCUGCAGAAGAUCAAGUACGCCUUCAGCCUGCUGGCCCGGCUGCGCGGCAACAUCGCCGACCCCUCCUCCCCGGAGCUGCUGCACUUCCUUUUCGGGCCUCUGCAGAUGAUUGUGAACACGUCGGGGGGGCCCGAGUUCGCGAGCAGCGUGCGGCGGCCGCACCUGACGUCGGAUGCCGUGGCGCUGCUGCGGGACAACGUCACUCCACGUGAAAACGAGCUCUGGACCUCGCUCGGGGACUCGUGGACCCGCCCCGGGCUGGAGCUGCCCCCGGAAGAGGGACCCCCAUACAGACCCGAGUUCUUCAGCGGCUGGGAGCCGCCGGUCACUGACCCGCAGGGCCGCGCCUGGGAAGACCCAGUUGAGAAACAGCUACAGCACGAACGGAGGCGCCGGCAGCAAAGCGCCCCCCAGGUCGCUGUCAAUGGUCACCAAGACUUGGAGCCAGAAUCUGAGCCUCAGCUGGUGUCAGAGACAGCAGGAAAAUGGGUCCUGUGUAAUUAUGACUUCCAGGCCCGCAACAGCAGUGAGCUGUCGGUCAAGCAGCGGGACGUACUGGAGGUCCUGGAUGACAGGCGCAAGUGGUGGAAGGUUCGGGACCCAGCGGGGCAAGAGGGAUAUGUGCCCUAUAACAUCCUGACACCCCACCCCGGACCCCGGUUGCACCACUGCCAAAGCCCUGCCCGCAGCCUGAACAGCACUCCUCCUCCGCCACCAGCCCCAGCCCCAGCCCCACCUCCAGCUCUGGCUCGGCCCCGCUGGGACAGCUGCGAUAGCCUCAACAGCUUGGACCCCAGCGAGAAGGAAAAAUUCUCCCAGAUGCUCAUUGUCAACGAGGAACUGCAGGCGCGCCUGGCCCAGGGCCGCUCGGGCCCGAGCCGCACAGUCCCAGGGCCCCGCGCCCCGGAACCGCAGCUCAGCCCGCACUCGGACGCCUCCGAGGUCCGCGCCUGGCUGCAGGCCAAGGGCUUUAGCUCGGGGACCGUGGACGCGCUGGGUGUGCUGACUGGGGCGCAGCUUUUCUCGCUGCAGAAGGAGGAGCUGCGGGCGGUGAGCCCCGAGGAGGGGGCGCGUGUGUACAGCCAGGUCACCGUGCAGCGCGCCCUGCUGGAGGACAAAGAGAAGGUGUCAGAGCUGGAGGCAGUGAUGGAGAAGCAAAAGAAGAAGGUGGAAGGCGGGAUGGAAAUGGAGGUCAUUUGACCUGCCCGGCGCCCUUCGCAAAGAGUGACCAGGCCCCGUGUGAGAACGGACUCUUCAGGCUCCUCAACAGCAGAAGUCCAUCUUCUGAAGGAUGCCAAUCUGCUCCGGCCCUGGUCUUCCCCCAUCCCCGUGGACAGACUGAACAAUCCUUGCUGCAGUCCCUCCGGAGCAGACCUGGACUGGCUGUGAGUGGGGAGGGCCUGGAGACAGUCUACGGAAAGCGCUAGCAGACCCUCUGACAGGGUGCAGCAGAGCCCUGAGCACUGUAAUAUGCCGCCCAGCCUAUAAACAGCCUCCUUACUUGGCA